GCGUCCCCCGCCAGCGACCAGGUGCUGGGGGCUGGAGUCACCUACGUCGUCAAGUACUUGGGCUGCAUAGAAGUUCUACGCUCAAUGAGGUCUCUUGACUUCAGUACAAGAACACAAAUUACCAGGGAAGCCAUCAGCCGUGUUUGCGAAGCUGUCCCUGGAGCCAAGGGAGCCUUCAGGAAGAGAAAGCCUCCGAGCAAAAUGCUGUCCAGCAUCUUGGGCAAGAGCAACCUCCAGUUUGCGGGGAUGAGCAUUUCCCUGACCAUUUCCACUGCCAGCCUGAACUUGAGGACACCAGACUCGAAACAGAUUAUAGCAAAUCAUCACAUGCAGUCCAUCUCCUUUGCCUCUGGGGGAGACCCGGACACAACAGACUAUGUUGCAUAUGUAGCUAAGGACCCUGUUAAUCGCAGAGCUUGUCACAUUUUGGAAUGCUGUGACGGGCUGGCCCAGGACGUCAUCAGCUCCAUCGGACAAGCCUUUGAGCUCCGGUUUAAGCAAUAUUUGCAGUGUCCUUCCAAGAUCUCCGCUUUCCACGACCGAAUGCAGAGUCUGGAUGAGCCAUGGACUGAAGAGGAAGGGGAUGGCUCAGACCACCCAUACUACAACAGCAUUCCAAGCAAGACACCGCCUCCAGGGGGGUUUGUUGAUGCUCGAUUGAAAGUCAGAUCUCAUGUCCCUGACACAGCCCAGUUUGCAGGAAAAGAGCAAACUUAUUACCAGGGAAGACACUUAGGAGAGCUAUUUGGUGAAGACUGGCAGCAAACACCCAUCAGGCAAGGUGAGAGGCAAGGGUCUGUGGACAUCUACAGCAUGCCAGAAGGGAAAGCGCAUGUGGCCCCUACGGGAGAAGCCCCUACCUACGUGAACACCCAGCACUUCCCACUGCAGGCUGGGCCAUCUGCCAGCAGCAGCGCAGAGAGCAGCCCAAGGAAGGACCUCUUUGACAUGAAACCUUUUGAAGAUGCUCUCAAGAACCAGUCCAUGGGACCUGUGCUGAGCAAAGCAGCAUCUGUGGAGUGCAUCAGCCCCAUCUCACCCAGAGCUCCAGAUGCUAAGAUGCUGGAAGAGCUGAAAGCAGAGCCUUGGUACCAAGGGGAGAUGAGUAGGAAGGAGGCAGAGGGGCUGCUGAAGCGAGAUGGAGACUUCUUGGUCAGGAAGAGCACCACCAACCUGGGCUCCUUCGUUCUCACUGGCAUGCACGAUGGCCAGGCCAAGCAUCUGCUACUCGUGGAUCCGGAAGGCACAAUCCGGACAAAGGACAGGAUCUUUGACAGCAUCAGCCACCUCAUCAACCACCAUCUGGAGAAUAGCUUACCCAUCGUCUCCGCUGGAAGCGAGCUCUGCCUCCAGCAGCCGGUAGAGAGGAACCUGUGACCAGCCAGCUGCCCUUUCUUGACACUGCACCUGUCAUCAAGAGGACUCGGUUCUUCCCAGUAGAUGGGUAUUGGGCUACGGGAAUUCGGGCAGCUGCCCGCAGGCUCAGAGCCUUGUUCCAAAGCCCCAGGAGGAAGGCUUCUGUAAAGUGCAGGUUUCACAAACUUGUUCUGAUUUCUCAUGUGCAUAGUAAAGGUGUACAUACCUAUACAUCCUGUACAAAUAAUCUCUUUAUAUUUCUAUUUUUUAAGACUAAGAAAGAUGUAAGACUGAUGUUCUGUGCUGUAUGUUUUUAAUGAAAAAAAGUUCGACUGUAGUUGUCUGGGCAAAAAUCUAAUUCAACUGACCCAUUCCACUGGGAAAGUCCACCUGUAAGGCUUUACCUGCAGUUUACCUAAUAAGCACAAUAUGGAGAGCAGAGGCAAGCAGUAGUAUCAGUAGUGAGACUGUAAUAGAAUCAGGUAAGAUGCUACCCAAAGAGGCCUACCUCUGCACGUAAAGCACUCUGAUGUGCUGGUUCUGAUGACUGUCCCUCCUUUUCUGAGAUGCUUCCUGGGCUGUUGGCAUUACACCUGUGUGCAUGGGGUGUUGAGCAUCAGAUGGAUUCUGCAGUUUCACUAAGGAGCAGGCAUCCCUCCAGCUGUUUUGCAUCAUGCUGAGCAUAGGAAUGCUGUCUGCCUUGACCCUGGUUGUCCAGGGGUUCUUGGGGAUUCAUUUUAGUGCCAAAUAUGGCACCAAAUGAGCCUCCCUAAUGAAUAUCUUGACUGGCAAGUGCUUGCCUUGUUUUUUUCUGUACAUUGACAAAAUGAGCAAGUGUGGAGGGGUAAUUAGGGCAAAGUCUUGGUUUGCAUGUCUUUCUGGCCGACCAGUUGAUUUCAGACUGACAGAUUUUAGCUGUCAGUAAAAUUGCCUCCUCUCUUAUAUUCAGGAGAGAAGAAAAAGCAUCUGUAUGAGUUGUGCUGAAGACAGUAAGAACGUGUAUGCUCAGAGUUCUGUCCUGGAGACAUUGGCAUCAGUCCUUCCCCCUGAGUUGAACUUUGCCUACAGUUUUGAGAAUCAAUAUGAGUUUCUGCUUCUGGGGCAAUUAGUGGGUAAAGUGACUGGUUGUCUCUCCUACAAGUUUCCCAAUUGCUCCAUGAAAAGUGUGUGCGCCCCAUGUAAUGCUGAGUGUUGGCUCCUUUUUUCGAGAUAAAACACUGUGAUUCCUGCUAGGUCAUUUGGUGUUGGGAAGUUGACAGUGUUUGUGACUUUUAAAAUUUAUGUGAGUUGAGAUUACUUUGUGGUUUAACAGAUGUUGUCUUUUAAAAGAUUGAAAGAUUCAUUUGUGUGUUGGCACCUUCUCACCAGUGCUGCAAUACUGGCUUCUUUCCCAGUGAUAUCCUAUAGCAUACGCACCCCCGUGAUCAGUGCAACAGAAAGAUGCUCCACACACACUUGGAGUUGGAUAGUAAUAACUCUGAUGUUUCAGGAAUGAGGAUUUAAAGAUAGAUUUUUAAAAUUCUAAUGAGUGCUAAUUCUGCAACGUUCUAAUGCUGAGUGUGAGAACACCAUUUCUACUUUUGGCGGAGUGGCCAGGAUGGGGGAGUGGGAUAGAGCUGACGGGCGAAGAAGGAUCGGGGCAGGUCCACGACUUCGUAUAUAGCCUUCUUUGGAGUUUUUGCUCUUUGAGAGGGUCCAGUGAAUCCAAGGUGACAGUGGCUUCAAUCUUCUAGAAUGUUCUGCAGUGGUUUGGAACUAAUCUGGACCAUCCUGCUGCUUCCUGGAAUGGUUCUGGUUUUAGGGGCAGCGUGGAUACCUUGCUCCAAGUUAUCUAGAAGCAAUGGAGUUGAAUGGGGAUCAGGGAAGCAGCUGGCUCCACCUCCUGCCCUGCAGACUUCGCAGUGGCUGUGAGAACUGCCCCAACUCAUCUCCUGGAGGCCUGCAGCCCCACAGACACACAGAAACAUCUGACUUCUCUGUGUGUGGGUGUACAUACAUAUAAAAACAGAUAAAAUGGCUUUUCCUUCCACAGUCUUACAUGCCCCACUUGUAAGGCCAAAAUUCCAAUGUGAAGGGGCAAGAGCAGGCAGAAAAAGAGAGUUAAGAGCUGCGAGCACCUGAAUAUGUUACCUGCCCUAUUUUUCCUCUUGGGAACAUAAGAAAUGAUGACCUGCAGUUUGAGUAGCAAUCUGCUUUGAAGUCAGUAUUUAUCUUAAUGGUGAUAAGUGAUAUAGAUCAUGAUUUUUUUGCAUAAGAAUCAAUUUAGAAAAUUACAAGUGUUGGGAGGAUAAAAUUUUGUUUCCAUAUUAAUUCGAAAAAUUCAUUCUUUAAGCUCAGAUUAUAAGAUUGUUUACAGUGGAAAAGAGCCACUGGGAAAAAUUGGCACUUUGUAGCUAUUGGAGCAGAUUCGAGACAGCAGAUGGCAGUGGUUUUCUUAUCUUUGUUCCCUCCAUUUGUGAAUCAUGUGAGAGCAAACAUGAGUCAUCUCAUCUCUUCCUUCACGCUCCAAGUGAGGAGCAUCACUGUGAGCCUCAAUCAUAGACAGGGAAACUGAGGCUCCGGAGGCCACGCAGUAGGCAGGCAGGAGAGCUGCUCCAAUCACCCUGUGUUUCUUGAGCUCUGCUGAGCUUUAAGGUCAGGAUUUGGAGGCAGAAGUGACGGGGCCUCCUCUUUGGCCAGAUUGGGGCCUUCCUCCCACAGUUUCUCCAACUGUGUCUCUGCCUGGGCAGGGCUGGGCUCUUGAAGUGAAGAGGCUGGCAGAGCAGCACUAGGCCGAGUGCUCCAAGGCCUCCAACUGCCGGGGGAUGUAUGCUGCGCCCCUACAGAGCCACCUGGGCCCACGGAAUGCUCCAGGGUUACUGCCCCUCUCACGGGUCCCUGUCUGCUCGACCCAGGCUGUGAGUGCAGAGCGGGUCUAGCAAUCCUAAAAUGGCCCUGUUGAGUGGCACUGGAGGCCCCUAUCUACCGUCCAUCCUACUUGCACCAUCCUGUUUGAAUUAGCUAUGUUUCAAAUGACAUUCUGGUCCUGCUGAGAGCCUGUGGAGCCUCUUAUGAGGCCGUUCAACCCUAUUUUAAGUCAGUUUUGAAGCUUGACUCCCAAGGAGACCCUGAACGGCUCAGUGAACAGCCCGAUAAACAGGCAUCAGGACAACAAAUCCCGGUCUAUAUCCUGUGCUUAAGCUACCACUUCUGGCCUUUUUUUUAUUUGAGAGGCCAAAGGACCAGUCCUCAUGUUUCAUCUGAGCAAUGAUUCUGUUUAAGGUUGUCUCAGCUGUUGGGGUAAUUGGACAAAGACGCAAUUACAGCAUAUAUGGUGUCCUGAGGGUCUCCUGGUGGAGAAGAACACUACUGAUAAUUUCUAAUGAGGACAGAAAAUGACAUGCUACGUGAGAAGGAAAAGGCCUGUGGAAGGAAGGGCAUGCCUGGGGGAAGGAAAGGGGACAGAGCAACACUUUGUGUGGUCCCCAAAAGGACCCCCGGGCUCAGGGACACUGCCAACACGUGUCUCCUAACUCCAUGGCUUUCCGGGGCUCCUAAAGAAGCCCGUACUCCUGAAGUGGAGUUUUCUCUUCAGGUAGAUUCGGAUGCCUGGAUGGCUCCUUUAUAUAAGUAAGGCUUUAAAACUAAUGUUCCUAGCCUUAUUUCCCUGAAUCAGUCACCACAUGAGGGCCAGUCACACAUUUCCUUGGAUCAUAGGCUCCCUGGGCAGUGUCAGCAGUGGUGGACACCUCUGUCCAGCCUCUGCUCUGGCACACACAAAGCCAUGUGGCCUGGUGCUAGUUGCUGGAUUUCUCUGAGCUGUGGCUCACCACCUGCGCCACAGGGGUGUGCAGUCCCCACUGUGUGGUCUGUGCGGGUGGUGAAUAUGUGUCAGCACGAAGGACAAUUGUUUCCUUAGAUGCUUCACACAAAACUGCAUCAUUUCUAUCUCGUUGGCCAAGUGUGUACAGAUGCCACACCUGCCUUCCUGUGAAUGGUGACCACCUGACUGGAAAUAGGAAGGAGAAUUGUGGACAGACUGCAAAUAAGUAACUAUGGGAUGCAGACAAAUCUUGGCCUUGGGUUUCAGAAUUAUACUCUGGUUCUGUAGUGAAACUUCUGAAAUUGGUCCUGAGAAAGAGAAGUUGAAAAACUACUUUACUGGAAUGUGUUGCAAACCUGGUACUGUUGCUGCUCCACAGAGGACAAUGAGCAAGAGAGAGUCAAGGGAUAAUGCAGCUGGAGGAAACUGUUUUUCAGUGAGGAAACUGGAGCGAGGUGACUUGCCAGAGGGUGGUCAGUGGCCGAAUGUAGGACAGACAGUAGGACUUAGUACGGUCCUUUAGGACUUGUGCCUAAAGCUCUCCUCAAUGGAAAUAGCAAGUAGUUCUUCCCUCCUUAGCUUUGCACUUAAUCAUCCUUUCCUCAAAAUGCAUAAAAGCGUGAAUCACUCACACGGAUGAUGAGAAAGUGUUUCUAUCCCUUCGUAUAGUCUGGGGUCCUUCAGAAGCAGACCCUGAGAGAGGAUCUGUGUGUAUGUGGGGCAGGAAAGGAAGCUGAUGAGGCGAAUAUGAUCAGGCAAGUCACCAGGAUUUGGAUAACUAAUCUCACUGGGGACUGCGGGAGGUAGGGCUGAACACACGUCAGAGCUGACCCACCGGGGCAGGAGCUGGGCAUUUACCCACCCAACCCAGCAGCGAAGGCUGUCCAGGCCAGUGCUGUACACACUUAUGCAUACUUCCCAAGCUGGGGAGUCUUUGGGCAGAGAGGACUAAGCAGGCUUGGGCUAAGCAGGCUUAGGGGAGAAGGCAGGCAUCAGAGCCAUGGGGGCCCUCCCCAGAGUUCCUGACUAGAGAAGUCUGGAUGGGCCCGAGAAUUUGUAUUUCUGAUAAAUUGCGAGUGAUGCUGGUGGGCAGUCUAGACUUUGAGAACCACUAUCAAGUGUGAGUCGCCAGUCCUCACACUGAUGACUCCCUCUUCUAUGAUUAUAUUUUCAUACCAGUACGUGCCAUAGACCCCAGGCCCAUGCUGUGAGUUUAAAAGUGAGGAUUAACAAACAUUUAUAACUUCAUGUAAUCAUUGCUGGAAGAUAAAAUGCCAUCCGCCAGCUACAAUUUAUUUAUAAUGGAGUUUAUACAUAUUUAUAAGUUUGCAAGCAACAUAAUGCAGUUUUAAAACUGGCACAUUUUAUAGCAGCCAGAAAAAUUGCAACUUUAUACCAGGACUUGUGAAUGUCAGUCUCAUAUGUGUGUGUGUGUGUGUGUGUGUGUGUGUGUGUGUGUGUGCGUGCAUACAUACAUACAUACAUACAUACAUGUACCUACACUGAUUCCAACAGACGUGCAUCUCUGUCUGUAUGUGUGUAAACACACAUACCUGUACCUGCAUUGAUUACAAUGGAUGUGUGUCUCACCGUAUGUGUGCACAUGAAGUAUGGCUGUGUGAUUUGUACCUCGGGACUCCUCCCUGGGUCUUGAUAUUUUAACUAACAAUGACAACUAGAAGGUUAGGCAAAUGUUAAGAGUUUGAAGACUGAUGUGUCCUGACAUCCACAGACAACUGGAGAGCCAUGGGGGUCCACUUUGGGAAAUGAUAGAAAGACGCGAGGGAUGAGGCUAGCAAGGGAAGAUGAGGAAAGGAGAGGAUGGUAGGGCGGAGGAGGAUAAAGUAAAAAGGGGGCGGGCAUACUAAUCAAGUCCGGACCUACAUCCUGUGUUCAUCCAGCAGUGUGUGGUAUGUGUGUGGGAGGCCAGCAAGGAUGAGAAGAGUCCAGUGUGGCAGAGGCUGUCCCCAUCACAGUGUGCCCAGGGUCGAGAUGGGGAUAGGGGAAGGGUGUGAGCAUUGUCCUCUCUGGUGCAGCUGCAAACGCGGUACCGCUUGUUAGUGUUUCUCACCAGCCUUCUCUUGGCCUCAUCUCUAUAUUAGUCACAUUCGGCAGGCACUGUGCUGGGUCCCUGGAAUAGAGACGUGAACGAGGGUUCUUCCUGCCUGUGGGUGUAAUCCAGUGGGAAGCAAACACACACGGCAUUGGCGUGACAAGCCCCACAGUGUUGUGGCUAAGUUCGGCAAGACUGUGGAGGCUGAGGCUCCUGAGUGGGUCUGAGGAAUCUGAAGGCUUUGCAAACUGGAGGGCAGAUGGGACGAGUGUGCUAGUGCAGGCAGACAAGGCAGAAGGCCUAGGAGGAGGCAGGACACCCUCUGCAGGCAAAAUGGAUGGUGUUAGCGGGGAGGCUGGAGGUGGCAGUGAGGCUGCUCUUGUCACUUCUCUUUCCUGCGUUCACAGGUGUGUCUGAAUAAAUGAAUCCCUUAGGCUCCAAACACUGGGCUCCCUCCAGGGGGCUGGAAGAGCCAGUCUCGUGUGGGAAAUGAAAUCUCAAAGUUUAAGUUUCCGUCUUGUUGUAUGCUGCAGGUAGGAAAAUUUGCACAUGAGAGUGCACGCCAUGGUCCUGAGGUUUGAGGUAAUUCAUUCAUGCUCACUUGGGACAUUUCAUCACAACCAGAUUUUCUAACCACCAAUUCGAGGGACAAUUAACAAAGCAGAAAUCAAUGGGCAAAUCCAUCCUUAAACACAAUUACCUUGUAACAACUAUGUGUUGAUUGCAAAUGGAAUGUUCGCUGUUCACUUGACCUUUGAAUAUAACUUGUUCUGGAAUAAAUACUAUAAAAUUAAGUACGUGAAUGUUCUUUGUAUUCAGAUUUAAACAAGAAUUAAAUAUUUGAUCUUUAAAUCUAAGGAUUAGGAGAAACCUCUGUAUAAGUUUAAUGUGUAAUAAUAGAAUAUCACUUUUUUAAAAAGCAUUUGGAUGACAAAUUAUACACAUUGAUAAAUAUUAUUUGAAAAUUUUGUGUUUGGUUUUUCAUUAACUUUUGUGAAACAAAAAAGAAUUAUUGUAAAGGUCUCUAUAUGGGUUUAUUGCCAAUUCACCACUUUCUACUUUGAUAUUGUAACGGAAUGGGCCUUUGGACAUCCCUGAGGAGUGGAAAUACAAAGCUGAUUUCAAAGUUUUCUAAUCUCUGCUUUAUGAAAAAUGGUAACACCUUAGUUAUUUGGCCAACAUUUGGGAGGUUUGACAAUACAGUGGGUGAAGGGGAUUGGCUUAAAUUUCCUCACCUUCAGUGAAUCCACUUCAUUCCUUUAGGAAAUGAUGUGGUUUCUAGUUGAGAGCCUUUGAUGACACACCUGGCAUGUCCUUGUGCUUCUGGGGUAGCCAAGCGGAGGGGCAUCCCCAGCUGUCAUCACUCUGGCCCAGGAAGGAGGUUAUCACCAUGCAGGCAAUGCUGCACUUCUUAUCAUUGGUUAUCGGAAACUGUGCCUUCAUUUUCAGAAUAGUGGUAUGCGCAUUUCUGAUUAUGUAGCAAACUCUUUGAUAUUUCACUUAGAUACUAAAACAUUUGGGUGUUGAGGUUUUGCACUCAUAAACACAAUUUAAAAGCAUGGACUUGGUAAUUUAAUUAGAAGUUUUCUAUAAAAUACACCUUGUUACAGUUCUGUGAAAAGCUCUUUACCAGCGCAGAAUCACCAUGGCUCAAAGGUUGAGAUAACAGCUGUUUUCUAAAUUGUCCAUUGUUUAAAUGACUGUCAGUAUAAGUCUGUGGGCAAUAAAGAAUAUUGUGAAAAGUC